CACGCGACGCGUUCAGAACGAGAAAACCGCUCGGAGUCCGGAGACUGUAAUAAAUUAGUAACCAACAAAAGAAAAAAAAGAGACUCUUCUUCGGAGAAGGGAAGACUCAAAGACUCGAAGACUCGUAGACUCGAAGACUCUUCUUGUGGUCAAGGAUGAUCGAACCCUCGAGUGGCGGUGAAGUGCAAGCAUAAGCAAACAAACAAAACGCAAUAACAGCAAUCGGUGGAGUCAUAUAAUAUUUUUGUUUCGGUGCGUCGCAUAAUAGUGGAUAUAAGAAAACCUCACCUUAGACAGCUGCGAAGCGAACGAGGCGAAUUUUCCAUUUCGACCGACGCGUCUACGUAUCUAUGGUUCAUUAAAAGUGUGGCAGAACUUUGGCAACGAGCGACGAGUCGACGGGACGACCUGUGGCAAUGUUAGAGCAAAUUGUGCGGGUAAUUUCCAGCUCGGCUUAAUUUGGCCCCAGCCAAAUGGGCAUGCGCACCGUUGGCCGCUGUCAUUCGAAAGUUGCCUCUGCGUGACACACAUUCGGAGCAUUAGAGUUGGACUUCGGCAGACAAGUCGGUUCAGAGUGUGGCCCUGCCAGAUAACUACUAUAUAUAUAUACAAACUUAUAUAUAUAUAUAUAUAAGAUACACCAAAGGGGAGUAGUUGGAGUGGGGGGACCAACCUCCUAUCCAAAGUCGGCUCUGCUGCAUUAUUCAUGCUCUUCGGCGGCAUCCACGCAACGGGAAUAAAGCGAAGAUGACUCCGCGCUUAGUCAGCGUUUUAUCGGCGGCUCUGCUGCUCCUCUGGACCGCACAGCUGGAUGCAUUUAUCACACCGAACACAGGCUGCCAUCACAAUGGCACUUGGUUUGCGGACAAGUCGGUGGUUCCUAGCAUGGAGAAGUGUCUGAAUUGCCAAUGUAAUCGAAAGACACUCGUGUGUCGACUGAAGGUUUGUCCCGAAAUGCCGAUGCCUCCGCCCAGAGGAUGUGUGGUGGUCCAGAAGAAGAGCACCUGCUGCCCAUAUCUUUCCUGCGCUAGAUUGGAUGCCUUCUACAAGAUUCCCACCAAGCGCCGCAUCAUCGCGUAUUUGGAUCACUACGAAAGGGAGUCCAUCGAUCGCGUGGUAAACGAUAACAUGCUGCAAAGACGAUCCGAUGAUUCCGAUACCGAUCUUUUUGUUUGUGUGAAAAACGGAACUGUUUACAAGUCGGGAUCUGCUAUGUCAUCAUCGAAUUUGUGCAGUUACUGCUAUUGCAUAGGUGGAACGGAAAAGUGCGUGAAGCCGAAGUGCAUGUUGCCUGUGGAGGGAUGCAAACCCAUUUUCGUGGACUCCACCUGCUGCCCCGUGAGGUACGAUUGCAGCAGCAAGACCUCGGGGAAGUCCUCGCAGGAGGUGCGCUACAGGAAGAACUCGAACAAGCACUUCCAGCGGAUGUCGCAGCGCCUUCAGCGCAAUCGAGGCUGCACUGUGGGAUCGCAGUUCUACGCGGAGGGUCAGAAGAUGCGAUCGGAUGCGGACAGACCCUGUGACAUUUGCUUCUGCAUUCGGGGAACCCGGAGGUGUGCUCCUAAGAAGUGCUCCCCUGCUCUGAAGAACUGCAUUCCGGUGGUGCCGAAGGGUCAGUGCUGUCCAUCGAGUUACGACUGUGGCAGUCAGCGGGAUUACCGCAGAUCACACAACUCCCGGCAGUUCAAUCUGUACAACAUGCUCUUUGGGAAGGAUGAACCUGAUCCGCAGGAGGGAGGAGGUUUAUUACCACAAAAUUCGAUGGCAGAGAGAUAUCCCCAUGAUCGUCAUCCCACGAGAGCUGCGAUGGGGAAUCCCCUGGAGGCCAGUAGCGAAAAGAGCAUUAUGGACACCCUUCGCGAGGGUCUUGAGUUUAUAGAUGGUAACAACAACAAGAUGUUGGCCAACAAUCUGGAUUUAGUGGGUAUAAGAACCACCCAAGCUCCACCUCAAAUGCGAACUGAAUCCAGUGAAGAAGUGAGCAGCACAACGGCAUUGAGUUUUCUGGAUUUGCUAUUAGGACCUAGUACAGAAACAACCGAUAAGGAACAGAUUAGGCAACCAGAAUCCACAACGGUUAAGAACACUCUUUCUUGGAUGGACAUACUACUCGGUCCAGAUGAGGAUGAUUUGAAUCCCAAAACCGAAGCCUAUUUAGAGAGUAGUACCACCUUAAACCAACCAGAAGAACUUAAACCUUCAACCAACAGUAUAAAACGGAUUGCCGAGGAUUUCGAUGAGCAGUUGGACAAUGGGGAAAUGGCAGUGGGUGAACUGCCAGCGGAGGCGCAACAGAUUAACUUGGCAAAUGCCGGAAUUUGGCCAACACCAGCCACUGAAGUGGUUUCUCCUCAGAAAGAGGAACCCAGUUUGUUCAACGCCUUGAUGGAUGGGCUGUCUGGGAUUCUCGAGGAGCCACUGAAUCAGACUACGACGACCACCACCACAACCACUGAACGACCAACCACUGUGCAUGCACCACCCAUGUUUAGACCUCUGCCGAGUUCCAAGCCCGUUCACACCAGAAUCAACUCGAAGCUGGCCAACCUCACGGUGACACCACCCAUGUUGGUGGUGACCAGCAAAUAUGGUCAACCGGUGACCUUCAGAACUGCGGAUAAGCGGGUCAAUGGCACAGUGGCUAAGAUCACAGAGAGGCCAAGUGCUACCACCACUCAGAGAACAACACUGGACACCACUGUGAAAACCUCACUGAAACCGAGUACCACAGUGAAGCCCAAGCCGAAGACCACAAGGAAAACUACAACCACAGUGAAACCCACAACAAGAAAACCCACAACCCAGAAACCUUCCACUCCGAAAUCCACAACUUCUAAGCCAACAACUCCCAAACCCACUACUCUAAAACCAACCACCCAAAAACCCACAACUCCGAUUUCUACCACUCCAAAACCAACAACUACAACAACAACCACUACAACAACAAUAACCACCAUUCGAACCACUGGAAAACCAAAAUUUAAGCCAAAACCCAAACCUUACAUCACAAGCACCCCGAAACCUCUGGUGAUUAAAACCAACCCGAGUAUUUUGGAAGCUGAGCCCCUGGAAACAAAUGGUGAACCCACCUUGCCACCCAGUCUUCCCAACCUGAAGAUAAUACCUUUUCUGCCAACCGAUGCGGUGGAUACGGUUCCCAAGGAGAAGUAUCCCCAGAAUUUCUACCAGCAGAAGGUUGCCACCGAUAAAAUGGACGUGGUCGGCUACGAAUCCCUUGACGAUUCGGUGGCUAUGUUUUCGCAAUCCCAGCCAGAUCAAGCUUCCUACAAGUACAAGUUCAAUGUGGAAGUGCCAGCCGUGGAAUCCGCUCCAGAACCAGUGGUCCAUGUGGGUGGGAAAUACGAGGGAAGUGCUGCGUACGUGAAUUUUGACUUCGAUCCACCGGUGGUGCCGCCUUCGCACAACGGGUUCUCCCCGCCCACCGAAAGAGGGGGAUUCAUGCCCAAGGAGCCACUGGUCAUCGACGGGGAAGUCCUCCAGGAGCACGUCACCUCCAGUGGAAUCAACGGACCACUACUGGAUGGCUUCCAUGCCACGCAGCACAUUAUCGAUAUCACAACAUUGGGAGCGAAACAAAACGAUACUGCUUCGAUAGAAAUCACCACACCCGAUCCCUUCAGGGAUGUCAUCCACACAGAGCCGCCGCCCAAUCUCGAUGAAUUAAUCGUUGACAAGGCAAACAAAAAGCCGGCUGAAGAGCAUAUUGAAACCGUCACUUACAGUGUUAGUAACUCCUCCUCCGCAACCUCCUCGAUAUCCUCAUCCAGCAGCAGCAGCAGCACAGUAACAACAGCAACAACAAAAGCAACAGCAGCAGCAGCAACAACAACAACAACAACGGAAAAGGAAACCCCCUUGAUAGAUAAAUAUGAAAUCAAUAAAUUAGAUAAGCUCUUGGAAGAGCUGCUCGGCGUUGAGUUGUCGAAAGAAGAGGUGAUGAGCAGCACAGUGCCGGCAUUUAAGCAACUACCAACGGCACUUUCAACAACACCAGCAACGCCAGCAACAACUACAACAACUGUUGCAACAACAUCAGCAGCAACAAGCACGCCUGCAACAUCGACCGCAGGUAGGACAACUUCAACAACACGUGCCCCGUCCAAAAAGGGAAGCAGCAAAACGAAAAACAAACAGACCAGCGGCAAUAGACGUAAGGUCCAGAAUGCCACGCGACGGCAAAAUACAGUGGCAACCACCAGAGCACCACCAGCACCACCAGCCCCACCAGCAACAUCAGCUACAUCAGCACCACUAGGAACAUCAUCAGUGGCUGCAACAACAACCACGGUGCAGCCCACAACAACGAAGAGCACUCUGCAUCCAUUUUUAAACUCGCCGUUCGACAAAUUGCCCUUCAUGGAUACCAGCUAUGAGGUAAGACCACACCGAUUGCAACCGCAGCAGCAGCAGCAGCAGCAGCAACAGCAACAGCAGCAGCAACAUGAGCAGCCGCCGCAGCAAUUCCACCAUUACCAACAUGCAACACGACCGCCGACAAGUGCGCCACCGGCAGUUGCCACAUCCCCGGAGGAUAAUCGCCAGGAAUCAAGCUCAAAUUCUGGGGAAGGAACUGCCGGCGGCGGAGGAGGAGGAGCAGGAUUUCCGGGGGGCGAUGAUCCCCUCGGGCAGCUGAAACUGGCGGGCUGCAACAUCUACGGUCGCAUGUAUCGAGUGGGUCGGAUUAUCGUGGAGCUAUCCAGCCAGUGCCUGGAAUGCAAGUGCACCGAGGUGGGCGUCAAGUGCGGCCCAUUAGACUGUUAAUUUAGAUAUUCCCAGAUCGUAAAUUCCCCAGAAAUUCCCCGGAAGUGUAUAGAGGUUAAGUUCGUAAUUGUAUGCUAAUCCUUAGCUAGUAAAUAACUAAGGGGUAGGUUAGAGCUUCCCUAGAUCAUAAGAUGUAUUAUAGAAAAUUAUAUUGAUUUCUUCGAUAACAAAAUAUAGAUUUACUUAUCUUUAACUUGGCAUUUAUAACAUACACAAAUAAGUUACCCAUAAGCAAAGAAAUACAUUAAAUAUAUAUUAAAUA